AUGGAGUCUAGAGUCACAUACAUUAGGUCAAAUCAUGGAACAAAAUUUGACUAUGCCAAAUUUGAUGAGUUCUGCUAUGAAAAUGACAUCACCCACAACUUCUCAGCUCCUAGAACUCCUCAGCAAAAUGGAGUAGUGGAAAGGAAGAACAAAACUCUGGAAGAGAUGGUAAGGACAAUGCUAAUCGAUAGUGGAAUUGCAAAGAACUUUUGGGCUGAAGCCGUCAACAUUGCUUGCUACUUGGUGAACAGGUUUCAAUCAAAUCCCAAGGAAUCUAAUUUUAAGGAAGCUAAAAGAAUUCUGAGAUAUCUUGAAGGAACACAGGACCUGGUCCUUUUUUAUCCCUCAGGUGCCAGUUUUAAUCUCAUUGGAUAUGCUGAUACAGACUUUGCAGGUUAUCUUGUGGACAGGAAAAUCACUUCUAGAAUGGCUCACUUCCUAGCUCAUGUCUCAUCUCUUGGGUCACAAGGAAGCAAAACUCAGUGGCUCUUUCAACAGCUGAAGUAG